UAAGAACAAAGCUCAGUGUGCUGUGUGAGGAGGAGGAGCAGCAUCUUGUAGCGAGAGAGAGAGAGAGAGAGAGAGAGAGAGAACACGCGCUGUAUUCAACGCUCCUUCACUUCUUCUCCUGACUCACAGACUGCUGAAGAUGCUACGUGUGUAAUUUGUGGCGAUCUUAUAGCUAACGACUGCAAGGUUUGCAAGAAUCUGGCAUGAUGAGUUCAUUCACUGACAGCCACUCAGUUUGAAGCUCUUCUUUUCAGCAGUGAAAGAACCUCAGCCACAAAAUGAACACAUCGUUGUGGCCUUCACUUAUUCCAAACUCCUCCCUAACACCCAUCAACCACAGUGAGGAGUCCAACAAGUCCAAAUCAGGAGUGUCAGGAAAUUGUGAGCAGGUCCACAUCGCCCCUGAGUUUUUCCUCACACUGGGCUUGCUAAGUCUGUUGGAGAACAUCCUUGUUAUUUUUGCCAUCAUCAAAAACAAGAACCUUCACUCUCCCAUGUACUUUUUCAUCUGCAGUCUGGCUUUGGCAGAUAUGUUAGUAAGUGUUUCCAAUGCAUGGGAGACUAUAGUGAUUCAUCUUCUGGCUAAUAGGAGGUUAGUUGUAGAAGAUCACUUUAUCCGUCAAAUUGAUAAUGUGUUCGACUCUCUCAUCUGCAUUUCUGUGGUGGCCUCCAUGUGCAGUCUGUUAGCUAUUGCCGUGGACCGCUACAUCUCCAUAUUUUAUGCACUCCGCUACCACAGCAUCAUGACUGUGAAGCGAGCACGCAUGAUCAUUGGUAGCAUCUGGAGCUUCUGCACUGGCUGUGGGAUUGUCUUCAUUAUCUACUCUGACACAACACCAGUGGUGGUUUGUCUGGUGGCUAUGUUCUUGGCCAUGCUGCUCUUAAUGGCAUCUCUCUACAGUCACAUGUUCCUGCUGGCUCGAUCCCACGUGAAGCGCAUGGCAACGCUGCCCGGCUCCAAUGCCUCCAUCCAGCAGCGGGCCAGCUUGAAAGGAGCCCUCACUCUUACCAUCCUUCUGGGUAUCUUCAUCGUGUGUUGGGUGCCAUUCUUUCUCCACCUCAUCCUUAUGAUCUCCUGUCCAAAGAACCUGUACUGCAUCUGCUUCAUGUCCCACUUCAACAUUUACCUGAUUCUCAUUAUGUGCAACUCUGUGAUUGAUCCUCUGAUCUAUGCACUGAGGAGCCAGGAGAUGAGGAAGACUUUCAAGGAGAUAAUCUGCUGCUAUAACCUUCGCAGCAUCUGUAGCUUCUCCAGUAAAUACUGAAUAGAACCCAAUGAAUUACUUUGUCACUCAAUAACUUAAAUCAAACUGCUUAAUAAAACACUUUUCAUCCAUCAUCAUGCAGCUGCAAACAGGACUGCACAACAUUUAUCACAAAAUUGUUAAUGGUACAGAAUCUUGGACAGCAUUUUAGAACUGGAUUGGUCUUCUGUAUCUUACUGCUAAUAAAAAUGCCUCAGAACUCAGAGGUCUGCCAGCUAGGGCUAGGCAAUACCGCUGAUUUUCUUUUCUAUUCAAGAUUAGUAUCCCAAUACCAAUAGUUUGAAAAAAUUUCUUAUGUAUUUAAAAAGGGGGAAUCUACAGUUUCUGCAGUGAGAAUUUGAGAACACACAUAUCAAGAGCUAAAAAUUUAAAUAAAAAAUUGGAGACUGUUUUCUCUUUUUUACAGGAAUAAGACAUCACUUACAAUAUCUGUCGCUCUCGUUCAGGAUAUGGAGGGAAAUUGCAGAAGGAGCAGUAUUUCCAAACAUUUUAUUUCUCAGGAUCUCAUUGUGUUUGAAAUAUAUACAGUGAUCAGCCAUAAAACCACCGACCACUGAGAGCUGAAGUGAAAACUUGUCAAGGGGUGGGAUAUAUUAGGCAGCAAGUGAACAGUCAGUUAUUGAAGUUGAUGUGUUGAAAGCAGGAAAAAUGGGCAAGCGUUAGGAUCUGAACGACUUUGAUCAGGGCCAAAUUGUGAUGGCUAGAUGACUGGGUCAGAGCUUCUAAAGACUUACCUCUUCAUAAAGUACUUAAGUUAAAUGUCUGAGCGCUUGUCUAUUACCUCCCCAACAGAGUUUUGGACUGAUGGUAUUCCUAGUUGUAACCUAGUGAGCCAAUAUCAGAAUGUAUUUUUGAUAGACUUCAAAGCACUAUUGUAAGUCGCUCUGGAUAAGGGUGUCUGUCAAAUGCCAUAAUGUAAUGUAAUGUAAAUCUCUAAAACAGCAGGUCUUGUGUGGUGUUCCCGGUAGGCAGUGGUUAGUACCUACCAAAAGUGGUCCAAGGAAGGACAACUGGUGAAUUGAUUAUGAUUAUGCACUCUAAGUUUGUCUUUUUUACUAUCCCCUAGACAACUUUAGCACAGAUAGCAUUUUGACUUAUGUUAAGAAUCUUUGUGGAUUUGCUAGGUGCUUUGUACCACUGCACCUUUAACAGUUUUUGUCUCUUGAUAAGGGAGUCUGCUAAAUAGCUAAAUGUAAAAUGUAAGACAAUCAGUCAUACCAGAUACUCAUCUUAGUUAUAUUUGGGUCACCCUUAAUCCCAAAUGACUAAGCCACACUACAGCUAGCUAGCUAAAUAUUAGAUAAUAUUCAGCUAGCUGUAAUGUGGCUUGGUGUAGCAAAGACAGUCCAAAGACAAAGCUUCCUUUAAUUCAGUUAUAGUAACUAAACUAACAGUAGUAACUAAAGUAACUAAACUAUCACAUAUUCUCAGACCCAUGUGAGUGAGUGAGCUAUAAAAAGCCAGCUAGAGGUUAAAGAUAUAGCUACUAGUGAGAAAAAUACUGUGAGUAGGUGGGAUAUAUUGUCUUCUAUGUCCUAGUACGCUUGUGUGACUUAUUUCCUAUUGGGACCAAAAGACAAAAGGUCAGCACCCUGCAUUAAUUUACAAAAUUUGGAAAUUGUGAGAAAUAAUGAAAUAUAAUGUAUAAAAAUAGUAGUUCCACAUUAGUACCAGAAAUUUUAAAAGUGUAAAGUACAAGCAAUUAAACAAUAUAAAUAAUUGCUGAGUAUAUAAACAUGAAACUCUUAACUCCUUAACCAUUUUUCUGUUUCAUUUUAGAUAGGCUUUCUUCUGAACAUCACCUAGAAGCACUGACAUUAUUAAUGUUAACAUUUACAGUAUUAUGUGCCAUGAGGUUAAAUCAGUUUGCACUGCACAAAGUAGCUGUUAAUUUAAGUCCUUUUUUGUAGCCUGUUGUGUAAAUACCACAUGACAAAGACAUGUACAGAGAUGCUCUAACAUUAUAGCAUUACUUUGUACAAUUACUUUUUUACUUUACAUAAGUCUGGUUUUUAAAUACCUGUAUGUUACUUACUUUUUCUUUCACCUAAUAUGUUGGACUUUUACUUACUACAUUUUAAAAGAUCUCUACUUUCUACUCACUACAUUUUCAAACA